AUGGCAAAAACUUACGAUUAUUUAUUCAAAUUACUAUUAAUUGGAGAUUCUGGUGUUGGUAAAACAUCUAUAUUAUUUAGAUUUUCUGAAGAUGCAUUCAAUAUCUCUUUCAUAUCAACCAUCGGUAUUGACUUUAAAAUACGGACGAUAGAUCUUGACGGCAAAAAAGUAAAAUUACAGAUAUGGGAUACUGCAGGACAAGAAAGGUUCCGUACAAUAACUACAGCUUAUUACCGAGGUUCCAUGGGUAUUAUGCUUGUUUAUGAUGUGACAAAUGAGAAGAGUUUUGAAAACAUUAAGAAUUGGAUUAGAAAUAUUGAAGAAAAUGCCAGUGCUGAUGUGGAAAAGAUGAUACUUGGAAAUAAAUGUGAUUUGGAUGCUAAAAGACAGGUAUCAAAAGAGCGAGGUGAACAAUUAGCAAUAGAAUAUCAAAUUAAAUUUGUAGAAACAUCAGCAAAAGACUCAUUAAAUGUGGAAUAUGCAUUUUACACUUUAGCAAGGGAUAUAAAGGCGAAAAUGGAGAAAAAACAGGAGGCAAGUAAUCCGCCCGGUGCCCGGAGUGGCGCGCACCAACUGAGAGCGAACGAGCAGCAGCGCAAGCCCACGUCGUGGCUGUCGCGGUGCAGCGUGCUCUGA